GGUGGGGCGGGGCACAGGUGAAGCUAUGCUCAGCCCCCACGCCCAGCAGGGCAGAUGACUUUCUGAGCUGGGUGUUCUGUGCACUGCAGCUUUCUCCCUGCUGCUGUCCGCCGUGUUGGUGCUGGCCCUGCACCCAGCCUCCACUGCGUCAGGCCCAUGCAGCUGCUCAGGCUUCUCCGCCUCCUCUGGAUGCUCAGGGUCUCCCUGGGGGCCACAGGAACUUCUGCCAUGGCCACAUCCACUUCUAAUACGCUUUUGUGUGCUGCUCUCAGCAACUACUCACACUCCAAGGGUGCUGGAAGGUGGCCACUGAAUAUCUCCAAAAUUGUUUCUCUCACUCCUGACAGUAGGGAAAACAUACCUAUGACUAUCAUCACUUCCCCCCAUUUUAAAUCCAUUUCUGAAACAUUGCUGAACUCUCGAAUCAACCCCAACACCUCAACAAUCCCCAUGUCCAAGUUGGUCUUCAAGGUAGAAACCACACCACCUACCGUGAUUGUCUAUAUGAGCAGGACAGAGUGCACCAAUCCAACCAGCCUUUUAAUUACCACCACUUACCCGACCAUCACCUGCAUGACACAGACCCGGGUGAAAUUUACCAACUCUUACACCACCAUGCCUGAGAUAGAGAAGCCACACACAAGCAUGAUGAGUAUUUCUCCCAUAACAACUACUAGGAGAGUC